AUGCCGCCGAAGAAUCGUAACAAUCGCAAUUCACACCCGCGACUCACGGCGCAUCAUCACGUCCCCUCGGACUACGACACCGACACAGCCUACGCAACCGAUGCCAUGACCUCUCUUCCCCAACCAGCGCCCAUCCCGGCACGCACCAACGAAGAACUGAACCUUAGCGUGCUGCAACGACACGAUCCCUCGGUUCACCAAAUCCUCUCUGUCGCGCCCUUCGCCGUCGUCUACACCUUCAAUCCCGCCUCGGAGAGCUGGGAGAAGCAAGGAACUGAAGGCACUUUAUUCGUCUGCUCGCUGCUACCGUUGGUGGGAGGCCCUCAGAUCGAGCGCUACAGCUGUAUCGUUUUGAAUCGCCGCGGUCUCGAAAACUUCUCUAGCGAACUGUUCUCCAGCGAGUCGGUCCAGGUGACGGAUGACUAUGUCAUCCUGCAGGUCGAAGGAGAAGACGGAAGUACAAACAUCUAUGGUCUAUGGAUCUUUGCCGAAGAAGGAGGAAGUACCGUACAGACAAGAGUGGUCAACGCUUUGAUCAUACAGGAAUGUGCCAAAAGAGCAGAGGAUAGCCGAGACGCCGCUGCUGUAGCAGACGUGGAGGAAGAGUAUGUAGAGGAGGAACUGCCGCCGUCUCAUCAGCAAGCACAACAGCCGCCGACGAUGCAGCAAGAUCAAGGCGGGCCAGACCCACACGAAUAUGAGUACGAUCAACAACCACAAGGUCAACAAGUCAGCUUAUUGCACCUCUUCAAGAACCAACAACAUCAAAGGCCUGCGCUAGCCUCCCCCUUCCAGUCCCAUGAUCAGCAGCAGUACUAUGCAAUGCAGCAACAGCAACAACAAAUGGAGCAACAGCGACUUGAUCAACAGCGGCAAUUGCAGCACGAGCAACAACAGCGUCAGCAGUUCGAGGCAAUGCAGCAACAACAGAUGAACCAGAUGAACGCGCAACAGCUCCAGCAAGCAUGGCAGAUGGCCCAACAUCAGCAACAAUUCGGUAAUCAUGUUCCCACACUUCCUGGCUUUGCGCUGUCUCAGCAGCACUUUCAACAGCAGCAACAACCUCCUCAAGCACAUCCUCAGACACAACCUCAAGCCCAGGCAGAUGUGUUGAUGAAUCUUUUCAACAACGCUAGACGUGGUUACUGA